AUGUCUUCACCAUCAAAGAUAAAUGAGGAGGAAUUGGACGAGAUAUAUGCCUUUGCUAUACAGCUUGGUAAGGAUGCUGGCAAGCUCCUUAUGGAUGCUGCCCGGUCGAGGUUUGGUAGCGGUGGUAGUAUGACCUCCCAAGAGAUCACCGAAAAGGACAAUUCAGUAGACAUUGUAACUAAGGCCGAUGAAGGUAAAGUCGAAGAAUUCAUCAAGGUGUCCAUAACUCAACGCUACCCACACCAUGCCUUCAUCGGCGAAGAGACCUACUCUAAGCUCCCAACCCGCACCUACCUAAUCGACCCUUCUAUACCAACCUGGUGCGUCGACCCUCUCGACGGUACAGUCAACUACACACACCUCUUCCCCAUGUUCUGCGUGAGCAUCGCCCUCGUCUUAGGCGGUGAGCCCAUCAUUGGUGUGAUCUACGCGCCCUUUUUGAACCAACUUUUCACAGCGUGCCGCGGGCGGGGCGCCUGGCUCAACGAGACGCUGCAACUGCCUCUCGUGCGGAAUCCCAUCCCGCCCAUGCCGUCGAACGCGCCGCAGGGCAGGGCCUUCCACAACGGAGACAGGAAGAGAGGGUCAGGAGAGAACGGUUCGGGAGGUCUGGAAACGGGUGAGGGCAUUAAACUACACGCGACCGGGGGCUUGAACCUCGAGGUUGGUGAAGAAGUUGGAUAA